CCGAAGUCUUGUUCUGAGCUGAUCUUCGUUGCUAAUGGAUGGAAGUAUAGGGACCCCAGGAGGGCAAAAUGCUUCUCAAGCAUCGUUCACACCGGCAAUCCAAAGAAGUGAUACAGCUGGAAUAUCGAUGGCAAGUAGCCACAGCUCUCGCCUCGAGAUUCAUGACCACACGCCUGCAGAUCGGCAUCGUCCACCACCUAGCGUUAUAUCACCAUUGAGAACUCGUACUCCCAAAAUGAAUAAUCUCAACUUCCCUGGUCCAGGCACUCGCAUCCAUGCAACAACUACAGCUGCUCAGAAUGAGAUUUAUAAACUGGAACGACAGUUAGAGAAGGUGUUCCAAAACUACACCAGCAGCCAUGGGGCUUUUGCUUCGUUUAUAUCUCAAGAAAAUAUGUUACUAGAAAAGAGCCAAACUGCCACCGCCCCAUUGACAAACAGAUUGCUUCAUCCACGAAGGCAAGGAACCGCUAACUUACAUACCGCCGGACCAAACAAUAUACCCGCCCAACCUUUAGCUAUGAACUCUAAGCAAGCAAGCGCCUUCCUCCUGAAUAACAUAGCGGAAAUUAUCAAGAAACACCCAGGAGCCACAAGGCUUCCUAUGAUGCAUGAUGUACUGGGUGCUCUAGAAGCUCCAUUCUUGGUAUGGCCCGUAGAAGUGGAUCAAUGUAAUAAAGCAUUGGAAAUCUUUGAGUACAUAAACUCAUCAUUUAAGGAAAGAGAUCAGUUGGAAAACUUUCAACUACUGCUUUGGUGCUGUCGGCAACUGAGUGUUCCUGAUUUCCAGUUGAAGAUGCGAGUUAUCUCCAUGGUCAAAUUUUCUUUAGCGCCGACCACUGAGAACUCGAAAGCGCUUCCAUCCACGCCAAGCGCCAUUUAUAGCCUGGUGAAUAUCUUGAUGACUGCACUCUUUCACUUACAUGACGAAAAUGGAAAGGAAAAGAAGUUGGGAUACAAUACAGACGACAAUCGUCAAUCGUUCCAAAAUGAAUACAAUCAUGUUCGUGAUAGUAUCCUAGACCUUUUGGAUCAGCUGGCUAAUGCAGGGCUCAUCACGCUAAACAAGGAAUGCUGCGAACAUUAUCUGGGUGCUGAGGCAGGACCUGAUUUCACACCCCAGGAUGUCAAAAAAGUAGUCAAAUACUGUAUUAUGGAAGGAAUCUGCAAGUGUUUUCUCAACAGGCGUGUGCUUCAAGAAAACAAAGUGGUCUAUAGCCCUCCUUCUAAAAUAGCAGAAUCCGUGGAUCGAAAUACCAGGAUGCAUGAGCGAAAGUGUGAAGUGCUGUUUGAUUUGCUUGAGAGAUAUUGGAUUCCCCAAGGUGAACAGUGUGACCCUGGCUUCAAGUCACUCGCCCAUCUCUUUUGUUCAAUUUUGUCCGAGUCCGUUUCGAUGACCACCGACAACAGCAAGUCUUCGUUGGGAUGGUUGGAUCUAGUUUCAUUUUUCCAGAAGCACCUCUCAUUCACGACAUUACAUACCUGUUUUCAAUCAAACGCGGCGGAGCGAGACAAGAUUAUAAAUGACGUUAUAAACGCUUUACUGCGCAUAUUAUGUGUGAAGUCAGCCAAGGAUUCUGGAGCCAGCCCAAGACUUGAUGCACGCACUUACAGUGAUGAUAUUGAGGAAUGGAAUUCACAAGACUUUAGUGUUCGAAAAGUCAAGCAACCAAUAUUAGAUAAUGUUACCAACGAAGUGUUCACAUCCACAGUACAGAGCGUCAACUCCUAUCUCGAUGAUAUCUGGAAUGAUGGAUUCAACGUCGCAAUUACAUCGCUAGUCAAAGAGAAAUUGCAGCAGACAGAAUGGUCAUACGUCGUACCCUUAUACUCCAACCUUACAGUUAAUCGAAACAUCAACGAUAAGGUUGGCUCAGCCAUUGUAAAAGAGACACUUCCUACGCUUUUCCAAAGACUGGUUAGCGACCUGCCCCAAGCAACGCCAGACCUCUGCCAUCUCCUUUCAAAUCUCGCAAAGCAACACAAGAUACAAUUUUACAAGCCAAUAAUCACCUGCAUCGCUUCAAAUUCUGAAAACAAAAUUGUGAAGUCUCUCGUUCUGAUUAUCAGCCUUCGUCAAUAUCUUUCUGGUGUCCAAAUGUGGAUGCGAGAUGCUGAGAUGAUGAGCGUCAUCAUCCUUGGAGAUGUAGGUAAACCUAAAACCGAUAUUCAGCCAAGUCUUUCAUCCACAAUACGCCUUGGCGAUUCAUCGGGCUUGACAUCAAGAGUUGAAGAAGUGUCGGACGCAUCUUCAUGUGUAAGCGACACUGACUCAAAGAUAGAAAGCUGGCGAACUACUACUCUUGGGCAGUGUGCUGUCGUAGCAGAAUUCAUCUGGGCCAUAAAAGAGCUUCGGGACCGACAAAAAGACCGCAAGCGCGAUAUGGAAGACGAUGAGAUUGCCAAAAAGUUCUUGAUCGACUUGGAGCGACAAUUGUCAAUCAUUUUAGUGGCCAAAGAGAAAACCAAGCUGAUCCCAUUACCACUUAGGGUAUUGGUUGCCAACAUGUUUCUGGAGAUUAGAUUCUUCUGCAACACUACACACCGGCCGGGCUGGCUGAGUCGUUCCAUCGAAUGGUGUACUCAUAUUCUGCCUGCUUCAGAUUUAUACCGUUUUGCAUCUAUGGAUGGUCAAGAUACGACUGGAGAUUUUGCAUAUAACUUUUCAGCAGAAGAUCAUCACAACAAUGGUCAGCAAAACAUACUUUUGGACGAUGUUUCUAUGAUGUUUCAGAGACUGAGGAUACUGUAUGCGAACGUGAGCUCUCAAGUUGAAGGAGACUUCGAUGUAUUCGAUUUUGAUCGACCGGUUUCUGCCUUACCUCGACGACCAACGAAUGAACAGCAAUUAGAUGGUAGUGCGCCAGCCUCGUCGUCCCAGUCUUCAACAGCAUUGGAUAUAGAGUCCAUAACAACUGCUCCAACGCCCGUACAAAUCCAACGAAUCAAGUUUCAACCAACCUCAGCUGCUGGCCAAGCGGCAUUGGAUAUCAGCCCUCCUCCAUUGAAAAAAGGAGAACAAGGGGAUCCCAUGCCGAUGGCACAACCAGGAAAAUCUCUCAUUCUAUUGACGAGCCAGGUAGCAAAAAAUAGGCUCAAUCAAAUUGCAGAUCUUAAUCAAGAUCCUUUUGGUUCCGUGCUGUCUUUGCUUGUUGCUGUCUUCGCGACGAUAAACGAACAAGAACUUACUGCUUUGGCAGCACCUUUGUGGAACCGAUAUAUGGAUGAUAGAAAGCACCAGGCAUUUCCAGCUGCUGCCUUUCUGUUGAUGCAGUGUGGAGAAAAAGUACCAGAAGUGAUUGUCAACUUGACGUCCAAGGAUUUGUAUAGUGAGAAUCCAAUGAGGAGGCUUUCUGGGUUAAGAAUUCUAUCUUCAUUGUUUGGCUAUCGAUUCAAUAUUCUCACUCAAGAUUACAUACCGGUCACCUCUCGGCGUUUACCCUUCCGCAGUGGAGCUGGUGCAAUUUCGACUCCUUUCGUUUUGACUGAUCUGGGAAAUAACAAAUUUACCCUCGACGAACCUAGAUGGAUGUCUAAACUCAAGCAUUCAGGCAACUUCCCCGUAGAAAUCAAGCGUCAGAUUCAGGAGUUAGGAUGGGACGAAAAUGAACAGACAGAAGAACAUGAAGCGUUCCUUAGAGAAUUGACCCCUCUUACGAUAUUACCUUUGUUCUAUUUGGAUGAAGAGGACGGAGCUGCCAAUGAGGCUGCUGAAAACAAAGCUGCUACAAAUCAACAGCUCAUGGGAAACUCUCGAACUUUACAAAAGACCAUCAAAUCUGCUGCAAAGAACCCAUUGUCGAAGCGCAGAGCAGCCACUGUACCAGCUCUCAGCGUUGCCUCCUUGAGCAUGGUUGAUCUUUUGGACGAUGUCAAUGGCGGAAUCUUCAAUGGUACUCGUGAACUCAUUGACUACUUUCUGCGGGAAGAUCCAUCAGUAUUCUUACGUGUGUUCUUGGGAGAUCUCAGCAAAGCAACGUUUUCCCGCCAAAAAGAGAUCUUGACACGUUUGCGUAUGCUGGUCAAUAUGCAAGCCAAACUGCCACCAGCAUUUGCUCACUCGUUGUUUAAUUUUCUGGCGGGUAUGCUCAAGUGGUAUGCUAAAGAAGGCAAAGAUCAAAGUCUUGGUCUUAUGAACUUGGUCCAUCCUGUACUGGCAGAGUUAGUCUUCUCGAUAAACGAUUUGGCUACACGAGAUCUUCGUAAGAACAAGAUAGAGUAUUUGCUGGCGAGCACAGGACAUUUCUGGUUCAAAACAGAACAGCCGGCUUCCAUGUUUCCCCGUUCAUUUGGUUCAGCUAAUACCAUAUUGAGACUUCUUGAAGUUCCUGUGGAUGUUUUCCGGAUCACCCUCUUGCGCAUCAGUCACUACCAAUUUCUGACGAAUUUCCUCCAACGGUUCCCACGAGAGGUGUAUGCGAUCAAGAAAACGAUGACCCAGUACGAACCUUUGCCAACUUUGGAUGAAAUUGACGGCAUUCACUCUGCCAUACUUGACGACGAAGAUUACUAUAUCCCGAAAUUAACUAAGCGUCGUCUUAUAGCGAACAUGGAUGCCACUUCAGAGGCUAUAGCGAAAACGCAUACCAAUGGCUGUGAUGAAUCACCAUUGCAAAGAAGACGUAUGACUAGCAAACGAGCGGAAAAUCUUUUAAUGCUGUCAGCUCUUCGUGCACGCUGUUGGAUCAAAUUUGUGGACAGCCUACUGAUUGGUUUGAACAAAAACUUUAAUGACCGUGAUGAUUUGGAGAAAAUACUCACUGGUGUUAAUAGCAUCAUCAUUACGCACCAAAAGGACUUUGAACUGCUUGGACAGGCUUUGACCCUUUACACCAGAGUAGCAUCAAAAUUCAAACGCUUGUUCAGCUCCAACCGUGGAUACUAUAUUUUCUUACCAGCAUUAUUCAAAGUUUAUUGCGAGUGUGAAGAUUACGUCCCCGUCAGAUCAGCCAUUGUUUUUGCCUGGUGCCGAUUCUUAGCUAUUCAUGAAGAAGCAUUUAUUUUCCAAAUGCUCGGAUGUCUCGUGCCAAUGAUACUAUCUGCUAGUCAGAAAUCGUCGGUCGUCGGACAAUGUAUGGUGGACAAUCUUUUUGAACUCUUAAAGUGUAUGAGCUCACCACCAAGACUUGGAGCUACAUCUGACGUUCUCGGCGUACAGCUUCAAUUUGAACUUGAUGAACAUGGUCGCCUUGUUCAGCAACAGCUGGAUAAUAUAAGCAAUCCGAUCGCUGUACCAUUAUCCAAAUCCAUCUUGAAGCCACUAGCACGAUCCAUGACAGCUCCUAUGAUAGCAAUCGGAGCAUCUAAUAUCACGGAUAAAUCGUUCCCACUGGAAGAUUCGGUCAAGCUAUUCCUCACUAUCAUUGCUUAUGAUUCUGGUGCACUUAGAGCGGAGCAGUUUGUUAUCAUGUUCAGAAACUUGCUGGUCCAUUUCAUGAAGGUGCCAAGGCUGUCGGAGUUGAUUGAUGAAGGCAUUGCCGCCUUGAUCAAUGUGUUUUUCAAGUUUGCUAAAACUGCUAGACCAUCAAACUCUGUAAGCUCAGCAUUUUUCUCGGGAGGCGCUAGUGCUCCGCUUCUGGACUCUUUCGGCAAUCCGAUAACAAGGAAUGAUCUAAACGAACGAUUGUUUUCAUCCAGAAUUCCACUCGAUAAUACCACUAGGGGACCUGGCAAAAACUGGCUGCAAAAUGAUCGGCUCACGGUCAAAAAGGAAUUUGUUCGUCUCGUUCAAGAAUAUUUUCACCAAGGCGGCAAACUUACUUGGUACGGUCAUGACAAGAUGGGACAAAUCAUCAAGCUCAUCAUCAAGGACAGUGGGACCAUACGUGGCUUGAUAUGUCCUACUGACUGGAUCAGAGACUAUAUUGUCGAUACCGUUACGUCCAUUGGGGCUGAUCCUGAAGGAACAAAGUCAAUUCAGGAGCUGUUGCAACACAUUUAUACACAGUUUCGACCACAGUGGCGGUUCAUAGAUGCCGCAGAUAUGUAUGACGGUCUGGCUACGGUCCUAGAAAAAAGCUCUGCCAAUGCUGUCAUCGUUUCUGGCGUUGGACCCAUUGCCAUCGAAAAGUUUGUGUGCUUCGGGCUGUCCAUUGCAACUAGGCACGAUUGGGACCCUGAACACCAAUCCAUGCAAAAGAGAUUCCAGCAAAGUUUAGUGCGGUUAAUCCUAGCUAUAUUGGAGAAUACGCCGUAUGAUGUUAUGCAUGAGAUUGAGGCACAAGUUCCUUCAGCAACACUAAUUGGUAUCAUUAUCAUACCUAUAUGUCUUCAGUACAAUCUCAAAGAUGACUACAACCCUUUGGUUGUAAACUCGAGACGUAAAAGCCCCACUGAUAUUACCAACAUCUGGGCUCGACUGCUGGGAAUUGUUAUGCGCGCCUGUAACAAAGCAAGCAUGGGCAAAGCAAAAAGUGGGGGAUUUUCAUUGUCUGCUUUGACCAACAGUAAUGGACAAAACGAUAAUCUGGCCAACGACGAAACUUUACCUGAGGAAGAGCAGACCAUGAGCUCUUCAUCGUCAUUCAAAAUGACGUUUGUUAUCGGCUUUACGGCACUGAAAAUCAUUAUGUUGAGAGGCCAAACCGCCUUUAAUACCAGCAAAAAACUUUGGCUUCGAACUGCACUAUUUGCUCAACAAUCUCUAAAAUUCGGUGAAACACUUGCCAGAUCAAGAACUAGAAGAGGAGGAAAUGGAAUGCCUGCAUCCCCCAACUUCCCCGUGUCACCAGAUACUAUUUCUCCCGAAGCCGUUACCUCCAACUUCACAGCAUCCUUUGAACUCUCUGUAGAUCAUCAAAGUUCAUUUUCUGGAAAUGUCAUGGCCAACGAUCAAAUGACAUCCUUUGAAUAUACCCUUUGGACGUUUUUGGAAUUCGUCGUUUCCUACAAACAACCUUUGAUCAUUUAUAUGAGGACCUUUAUUCACCAAAAAAUCUAUGAAGAGGGAAAUAUGCAUUUACGUCUAUCUUCCUCACCAAGAAGAGGUGAAUUUUCCCGUCAGUCAAGGGGUUCAGUAGGAAGUCCCAUUAGCAGCGACCACCAUACCCCAAACCCGUUGCACCGUUGGAGGAGCUGGGGUGGACAAGCACCUCCCUCUGUAACCAUACAGAAAUCACCAUCCCUACUAAGCGCAUCUGGAAGUGACCCAGAACAAAUCCAUCAUUUAUCUUUAAACUCACCUGUCAGUCCCAGAUCCCCCGUAGUUGCUACUUCCAACGCUAGCUUGUCACCAGGACUGCCCGCACACACCCUUUCUCCCGUUCCAUCCAUUCCAUCAGAUAUACCUGAUCAUCGUAGUGCUGACUAUAGACGACCAUCUCACGUAUCAAUGGCGAAUUCAUCAAACCAAAGCUACAUAUUACCAGGCAAUGCUGAUCAGAACAGUAAAUAUGCUGCCAUGCAAUCGCAGGCAGUGUCCUCAUUUACUAAUGUUCAGCGAUCCAUGGGAUACCAAGUGACCAAUACCAACGAAUCUCAUCCUCCAUUACUUGUCUGGAGUAAAGCUUUUGCUCUUGAAAAGCUCACGAGUGAAUGGAAGUUCGUCACUCAGACAUACCCAUAUGUUUUCUAUUUGAACGAAACCAGACGAGAUGUAGACAUGUAAUUCAUUUUUUGUACAGCUUCAUGCGCCGUCAUUGUAUUAUUUUGUUAUUAAAAAAGGACAGCCAUUAUUCCAAGACCCAAUGCGUAAACGUUUAGUAAUGCUUUUGGGCGAUUUUUAUUCAUUCAUCAUAUUUG